AGAAUUAUAUUGAUGAUCGAGCGAAUUUUGGUUUGGCUGCAGAGAAGGCAAAAUCUGAAGGCUAUGCAUUAGAGGUUUAUUCCAUAAGUCUGCCUCCAACAAGCGGAUACCAUUUUUUAUUUUGCCUCAAAUAAGGGGAUAUUUCACUUAUCUUUAAAUAACAAUUGCAAGUUGAUUCGAUUUUUUCAUUUACAAAUUAUACACGAUUCAAUCUUGUUACGAAUUUAGUAAUUUAUCACAACGCAUAAUGAAUGAAUGAUCUCAAUGCAGAUAUGGUGCAUGAUAAGGCACAAUGGUGUGAUUUGAUCCAUGUAACCGACCUCACCUAGUGUUGUAUCACAACAAUGUCUUGGUGUAACACCACUGUAUUAUACUUAAUGUCUUAAUGGUCUUAGUUUCUGCGCUAGAGAGAUGACGUUAAAGUGAUUGUGUCAUAUUUUAAUGUUUCUUUUACUAAUUUAGGAGAUACAAUACUACUAUUUCAAUUUUCAGUAAAUUUGCUUUAUACAUGCUAUAAUCAUUCAUGUAAUUUUAAAUUUACUUGGGACAUAUUAUUUACGUUUGCCUCUUGUUGUAUGUGUCUUAUUUUAUAUUAUUUGUGCAACAUGCACUUGUAUUUUGAUAAAUAAAUAGAAAAUGAUUACUCCCUCCAUUCCCCAAUUAACCUUACUAUUACCUAUUUUUUUUCAUGUCAAUUUUCUUAAAUUCCAUAAAGUCAAACAAUGGACUUAAUUACAAGAUAGGUGUGGUAUUUUUUGGUUUGGGAAUAGCUUGUGAUAUUACUAACACCAUUCUCAUGGCUAGUAGAUGGUUAUUGUUGAAGAUGAGUGUGCUUUACCAACUUUCGGCGUUGAGGGAAGAAGAGGUUUUGCUGGAACAAUUCUUGUUCAUAAGGUUGCAGGAGCUGCAGCUGCUUCCGGUCUAUCACUUUCUGAAGUUGCUGGUGAAGCAAAACGUGCUGCAAAAAUGGUGGGAACAUAUGGUGUUGCAUUGUCUGUUUGCACGUUGCCUGGUCAGGUCGCUUCAGACCGCUUAGGUCCUGGAAAAAUGGAGCUUUGCCCUGGAAUCCGUGGAGAACAAGGAGUUAAUGUGGCCGAUAUCCAGCCAGCAGAUGCUAUUGUUUCUCAAGUUUUGAAGGAAAUUUUGUCUCCGGAAGCCAAAAAUGUCCCGAUCACACGUGGGGAUAGAGUUGUUCUCAUGGUUAAUGGAUUAGGUGCUACACCAACCAUGGAAUUGAUGAUUGCUGCUGGAAAGGCUGUUCCCGAAUUGCAGUUGGAACAUGGACUUGCUGUAGACAGAGUGUAUACUGGAUCAUUUAUGACUUCUCUUGAUAUGGCUGGAUUUUCAAUUUCUGUAAUGAAGGCAGAUCAAGCAAUUUUGGACUGGUUGGAUGCUCCUACUAAUGCCCCAUACUGGCCUUUUCGUGAUGAAGCUCAACAACUUGCUGCACUUCAGCUGCAAGUUGAAACCCUCAAAAGUGUGAAUGAAGACUUCAAGAGAGUGAAUGAAGACUUCAAGAGAGUGAAUGAAGCACUCACAGGACAGAAUCAUUACCUCAACAAGUUAAACACCUACCACUUUAAUCUAGCACAGUCGCUUGAAAGACAACUGCGCUCAACAACAGCUCAUUACCAUUCCCAGGUUAGCUAUAGAGAUCAGAGGAUCUCUCAAUUACAGAAUACAAUGGCAGAACAAGAUAAACAAAUUGAGCUAAAAAGCCAAAAAAUCAUGGAACAAUUGUUGAAAAUAGAUGAGGCAAUGAAAUGGAAAUCAAAAUAUGAAGCUGAGAGAGCAUUGAACACCAAAGAGCCUUCGAAAGACAAAGAAGUGCUUGCUGGGGAGUUAAUGAAUGCUAUAACUGCAUUUUAUGGGGAACCAUUGGAGAAAAUUAAAGAGAGGUUGGAAAGACUCCAAAAACGUAUUGGUGAUAGUGCUUCAACAGAUGAUAAUGCACCCCAAAGGAUUGACCCAAGUUUCUACAUGGAGAGGUUAAAAUCAACCAACGCUUAUAAGGAGAUGUUGAGUGUGUUUGACACCUUGUACAAUCUAGAGGUGCAAAAGGUGGAGGCUUUACAAAAGGUGAAAAAAGCCCAGGAUAGACUCUUUGAAGAGCUUGAGGUCGAUUAUCCACUUUUAACUUUUGUCCCAAGAAAGGGUAAUUCCGGAGCCUCACAUUAGUAUGGCCUGGACUAAUGGACUCUAGAGGAAGGAAAGUUAGUUAUGGGGGGAAACGGUUCAUUCAUUUGGAUACAUCCUUAUAUCUACUUAGUAUCUACUCGCAAGUUGCAAAUUUUGCAUAGCCACUCAGCACAAACUGUAUAUUCUCCCUAAAACGUUGGUAUUUUGUUUCAAGGCAUGCAUUAACUUUGAAUUAAUCUACAUGUGGGUA